CCCUUUCAACACCGAGCGAUCGUUGAGGGUGGGCGGUGGAAACGGCGCCGUGCAUUUAGGAGGGGGGGGGGUGUCAGAAGGAGGAUGGGAGGUCAUGGAUUAUGAAGAACCAAGAACAUUGCUGUGACACGUGAAAUGCAUCUUCUUGGAAAGAAAGAAGCAGUUGAGAUAGCAUGAUGGAUAACCGUUUUGCCACUGCUCUGGUAAUUGCCUGCGUGCUCAGCCUUAUCUCCACCAUCUACAUGGCAGCCUCAAUUGGCACAGACUUCUGGUAUGAGUAUCGCAACCCAUCACCUCCUGAGAAUAACAGUGAACCUAACAAGGCCUCUUGGGAUGAAUUCAUUUCUGAAGAUGCAGAUGAAAAGACCUACAUGGAUGCACUCUUUCAGUGGAAUGGCACCAUUGGGCUAUGGCGGAGGUGCAUCACAACAACUGAGAACUCUUACUGGUACAACUCUCCAGGUGAGACAGUGACAAAGUGCAUCAGUUUUUCCCUUUCAGACCAGUUCAUGGACAAAUAUAAGGAACCUGGGAAUCAUAACAGUGGCAGUGACCUGAACCGUACCUACUUGUGGCGUUUGCAGUUCCUCCUGCCCUUUGUCAGCCUCGGUCUGAUGUGCUUUGGGGCUCUUAUUGGGCUCUGUGCUUGUGCCUGUCGCAGUCUCUACCCUGCCAUUGCCACUGGAGUCCUCCACCUCCUUGCAGGUCUGUGCACGCUCGGUUCCGUCUGCUGCUACGUUGCUGGAAUUGAGCUGCUCCACCAGAAGCUGCCUCCUCCCGAGGGUGUGCAAGGCCAGUUUGGCUGGUCCUUCUGUCUUGCUUGCGUCUCUGCCCCUUUGCAGUUCAUGGCUGCUGCCCUCUUCAUCUGGGCUGCACGUACUAACAGGAAGGAAUUCACACUCUUGAAAGCGUAUCGGGUGGCAUAGUGGGAUAUUUUUCACUGCUGCUCAAGCCUCUGGCUACCAUGUUCAGUUUCUCCCCCCCCCCCCCCCCCUUUUAUUUAGUCAGGUAUCUGUUUUACAGAGUGCACGUUUCUUGCCAGUGGAAGUUAAAUGGUCUGCAGGUGUUCAAGUUAAAAGACUUUUGGAGGCCAAAUGACCAGAAACACCUCCUUUUUUGCCGGAUGUCAGAAGGAUUUUAACAAAUGUUUAAUGCUUAAAAAAAUUAUAAUUUGGGUCUGACUUACCCGAAGGUACUGAAUUUUUUUCCACAGCUAAACGAAGGCAGAAAACAGCAUGAGAGAAGGAGAAAGAAAAUGUGAUUAUGUGAACUUUGCCAGUAUAUGUAUUGUGACCUAUUGAGCGAAGAACCAAUGCAGCCCUUUUUUCAUAGAUCUAGCUACUAUGGUAUUUCCGUAUAGUUUAUAACAUUGUUAUCCCUCUGCACCGUAUUCCUUACCAACUUUGCUAUCCUGGUUUGUUGCAAGAAGGAUGAUAACCAGCCGUUGGCUUCUUAAUUUCUGUGAACUGAUGUCAGGAUUGGUUUUCUACGUAUAGAAGGAACUCCCACUCUAUUGUUCAAUUUCUAAUUUGAUUAAUCUAUGUAUAUACAUAUAUAUAUGUAUAUAUAUUACACACACAAAAGCCCUGACUUUUAAAACCCGUAUUUAUUUAUGCAGUGCACUACAUGACUGGAUUUUUUUGUAUAAGUAUUACUCCCUUGUCCCCUGGACUAAAACGUUUGUUAAAAAAUAAACCUGA